CCCUCCCCGUCAAAUCCAAAUCUAUGACAUAAACAUUAUUUACGUUAAUGAACUAAUAAACGAUUUUUUAACGUUUUAAUAAAUUUGUGCUAAAAUGGGUUCAGAAGAAAACGUUCAUCGACUAGAAGGUAGUACAAACGAAAAAGGCGGUCUUAUAGUCAAGAAAAAACCAGCCAUUUUUAAAAUACCACAACAUUCGUUACUUGGAUUGGAUAAAUUGGCUGCUCAAAAACGCAAAGAGAAAGCAGAAGCUGCCCGCAAAAUGUCUUUUAAUUUGGAGGAAGAUGAAAACAGUGAAGAAAGCGAUGUGUCCAUUACACAGCACCAAGAAAGGGAUAAUCGUAAAUUUAGAUCUCCCCAAGAAGAAACUCCUACGUAUACAGGAGGUCUCAGUAAAGAGGCAAGAGAACGUUUAAUUGAAAGGCUGAAUUCAAAUAAACGUAAAGAAAAAGGUGUAUAUGCUUCAACUAAAACAAAGAAAGAAGCUGAGAGUAGUGGCAAUAAAGACAAAGAGUAUUAUCGCGAGAGACGAAAGGAAAGACAAAGAGAACAUGAACGAAAUCGUAAAAGAGAACGCUAUAAAAGCAGUGAAAGAACUAGUGAGAGACAAGACAAAACCCCAAGAUUUAAGGAUGAACCUAGAACACCUAAUAUUAAAUUGAAAGAUGGUACAUCAAAGAGCUCGUGGGAUGAAGAUGAUGAACCAACAGGGUCAAAGAAAUCUACUUGGGACUUUCCAACACCGACCGUUUAUAAAUCAAAAAGUGGUGAUUGGUCUGAGAGAAGUACUAAAUCAUUUGAUAAAUCAGAACGAUCACACAGAGAUGAUCACAAAACUAGCAACAGAGGCAAAUACAAAAUAGAGGAUGACACACCUCGUCCGACUCCCGCUCAUAGAUAUAAUGCUUGGAUGAAAGAUCGAAAGAAAACUGGUGCUACGCCGGGCUUAGGUAAAGAUGAAUCAUUGAAAUGGGAAGCCACAGUGGACAGAGAGAACUGGGAGGAAGAACAGAAGAGGCUGGACAGGGAGUGGUAUAAUAUGGACGAGGGUUACGAUGAUGAGCACAAUCCUUUUUCAAGCGUCAGCGAAGAGUAUACGAAAAAGAAGGAGGAACAGCUUGAACAACGCAAGAAAAAAAGGCUGUCUGCGCAACAGAGGCAAAUCAAUAAGGAUAAUGAAUUAUGGGAACGAAAUAGGAUGUUGACAUCAGGCGUCGUCCAUUCCGUUGACAUCAACGAGGACUUUGACGAAGAAUCUAUCGACAGGGUCCACUUGUUAGUCCACAACAUUGUCCCGCCCUUCCUGGAUGGGAGAAUAGUGUUCACCAAACAACCGGAACCUGUUAUACCCGUGCGCGAUCCUACCUCGGACAUGGCAAUUGUAGCAAGGAAAGGGUCACAUUUGGUUAGAGUGUACAGGGAGCAGAAGGAGAGGAGGAAGGCUCAAAAGAAGCAUUGGGAACUGAGCGGGACAAAGAUCGGUAAUAUAAUGGGAAUCAAGAAAAAAGAAGACGAGGAAGACAAGAAGUUUAACAAAGAAGACGAUACCACGGAUUAUAGAGCCGAUCAUAAGUUCGCAGAACAUAUGAAAGACACUGGGCAAGCCUCUAGCGAUUUUGCAAGGAAGAAGUCGAUAUUAGAACAGAGGCAGUAUUUACCAGCGUUUGCUGUGCGUCAAGAACUCCUCAACAUAAUUCGAGAAAAUUCCGUUGUGAUCAUAGUUGGCGAGACGGGAAGUGGAAAAACCACUCAACUCACUCAAUACUUGCACGAGGACGGUUACAGCAAGUACGGCAUGAUAGGGUGCACGCAGCCCAGGAGGGUUGCGGCUAUGUCAGUGGCCAAACGAGUUAGUGAUGAGAUGGGGACGCAACUAGGUGAUGAAGUCGGAUACGCCAUUCGUUUCGAAGACUGUACUUCGGAGAAUACUGUAAUAAAAUACAUGACGGAUGGUAUUUUACUCAGGGAAAGCCUCCGCGAACCCGACUUAGACCACUACAGUGCUAUAAUAAUGGACGAAGCUCACGAACGUUCCUUAAGCACCGACGUACUUUUCGGCCUGCUACGAGAAAUCGUAGCGAGGCGUCACGACUUGAAACUAAUAGUAACCUCCGCCACUAUGGAUUCUAGCAAAUUCUCCAUGUUUUUCGGAAAUGUACCAACAUUCAACAUACCUGGACGUACGUUUCCAGUCGAGAUCUUGUUCAGUAAGAAUCCGGUUGAGGAUUACGUCGACGCGGCUGUCAAGCAAGCUCUGCAGAUCCACCUCCAACCUCCGUCAGGUGACAUUCUCAUUUUCAUGCCCGGUCAGGAGGAUAUCGAAGUAACGUGCGAAGUUUUGGCGGAGCGCCUCACUGAAAUCGAUAACGCACCGGAGUUGUCUAUAUUGCCGAUAUAUUCUCAGCUGCCUUCCGAUUUGCAGGCAAAGAUCUUCCAGAGGUCACCUGAAGGCAUCAGGAAGUGUGUGGUCGCGACAAAUAUAGCGGAAACUUCUCUUACUGUCGACGGGAUUAUUUUCGUUAUUGAUUCUGGUUAUUGCAAGUUAAAGGUGUACAACCCAAGGAUCGGUAUGGAUGCGCUUCAGAUCUAUCCCAUAAGUCAGGCCAACGCGAAUCAGAGAUCGGGUAGAGCGGGUCGUACUGGACCCGGCCAGGCUUUCAGGUUAUACACGGAACGACAGUAUAAGGAUGAAUUGUUGGUAACGACCGUCCCAGAGAUCCAAAGAACUAAUCUAGCCAACACGGUUCUUCUUUUGAAAUCUCUAGGAGUCCAGGACCUCUUGCAGUUUCAUUUCAUGGAUCCACCACCCCAAGACAACAUCCUGAAUUCCUUGUACCAGCUCUGGAUACUAGGGGCUUUGGACCACACUGGAGUUUUAACAAAGUUAGGUAGACAAAUGGCCGAAUUUCCGUUGGAUCCCCCACAAUGCCAGAUGUUGAUCGUGUCCACGCAGAUGGGUUGCACCGCGGAGAUUCUAAUUAUUGUCUCGAUGCUAUCCGUCCCGUCGAUAUUCUACCGACCAAAAGGCAGGGAAGAGGAAGCGGAUGGGGUGAGGGAGAAGUUCCAGGUGCCGGAAAGUGAUCAUUUAACUUUCCUCAAUGUUUACAACCAGUGGAAGCAGAAUAACUAUUCGUCUCACUGGUGUAACGAGCACUUUAUCCACAUAAAAGCCAUGCGGAAGGUCCGGGAGGUGAGGCAACAGCUAAAGGAUAUCUUGGUGCAGCAGAAAUUGGAAAUAAAGUCGUGUGGGGCUGACUGGGAUAUAGUAAGGAAGUGUAUAUGUUCUGCGUAUUUUCACCAAGCCGCCAGGCUGAAAGGUAUUGGCGAGUACGUAAACUGCCGGACGGGUAUGCCGUGUCAUUUGCACCCAACGUCGGCCCUUUUUGGACUAGGCAACACUCCGGACUACGUGGUGUACCACGAAUUGGUGAUGACGGCUCGCGAAUAUAUGCAGUGUGUCACAUCGGUAGAUGGUCAUUGGUUAGCGGAACUAGGUCCCAUGUUCUUCUCCCUCAAGGAAACCGGUAAAUCUGGACGAGCAAAGAAAAAACAAGCUGCCGAACACCUUCUGGAGAUGGAAAAUCAGAUGCAAGUUGCUCAGGAGGAGAUGAAAGCCAGGAAGGAAGCGGCAGAGAAAAGAGUAGCUGCCUUGAAUAAAGGGCAGGAAAUCAUUAGCGCGGGAGCCACUCCCAGAAGGACUCCAGCUCGGUUUGGUCUCUGAAGGCAAUAAAUAGUUCAUGUCUCGAUGGUUUUGUUUUGUUACUUACAAAUGUACAUAAAUAAUUUUACGUAUUAUAAGAUUAACCUUAUAUUUAUUUUUAAUAAAAUAAUAAGUUAAUUUUUUAUUUAUUCAAAUUCAGCUGCAGAAAACAAAUUACCAAUGAAAUACUUAUUAGACCUAUUUUGUUGUGGGUUGUUUAUAUAGUUCAGAAUAUUGUUACGUAUUUUGUACCCCACACAUAAAAUAAUUAGUUUAGAAAGGUUAGGGCAAUAGUCUGCGCCUAUUACAUAGUUG